UUUCUCAGCACUACAUGACGAGUUAGUGUCGUCCAGAUAUUUCUUAGCUUCAAACUGUGGGAGACAGAGUGGGGAUCCCAGUUUAAGUUUUCCUGUAAUGAAGCACAGGAAUUCAUAGACAAGGUUGUUUAGCUGACCAAUGUGCUCAUCCAUCUGAAACGGGCCGUGUUCCUGUCACGUGGAUUGCUGUUUCCUACCGUUUGCACUUACAACAGCUUUUCCAUGGAUAUAGAAACCACCAUUUGCCUGACCAUAAUUAUGUGAUGCCUUGUCACAUGGCGUUUCAUGUUAUUGAAUUUCAAAGAACAUCCUCGCACAGGACACAGGGACAAAUCUGCUUCCUCCAUCGUGUUUUCCUGAUUCAGAAAAAUUUUGUAACGGCUUACAUGAUCAUAUACGGCAAUCUCAUCAGAAUAGUUUCUUACAUAAAAACGUACGUAAAGAAAAAUACACAAGGAAAUAAAAAUACACAAAUGCUAAACUGUAUACAAUAUUAGAAUGCUAUACAUUCAUUACUGUCAAAUAACGUUCCGCCCAACUUCCACCGGACAAUAUUUUGAGUUCAAACCCGGAUUUCCAGUGUUACAUCCUCAUAGCCAAUGUUGUGUAUAAGCGCUCUGUACCUGCGAGCCUCCAGUGCAGCAGCAGCGCGGACGCGAGGGACACGUCUUUACUGUCCAAUGUCGCAGUCAAGACUAUCGCACCGCGGGCCGGUGGCCAGGCCACAACUCGUGGUGGAUAUGCUCAGUUGACUGAUUCAUCAUAAAUACAUGUAUUCAACAUCAUCACAGUACUGCCGAUUUCUCCAUGUGAGGCUGACCACUGAGUCAAUAUCAGUUAAGCCAUUGAUCGUCUUUAUAUUGGAGAUCAACAUGAUAAACUGCUACAGCUAAUAACUGACCCAAUAGAUGAAUCAGCAUUUUGCAUUAUAAGACAUAUUUUCGGUCAUAGACGCCGUAUCAGUGUUUUACUUUUUAUUUACCGACAUACCUUUUCAUCGCGCAACAGUGGAGUACAGUAGAACAUUGCCAGCAUGUCGGAAAAACACCUUGAAGCAGGUCAACCUCUACCACCCCUGAAGGAUGGAUCUGUUCGUCUCUUCAGCAUGAAAUACUGUACUUUUUCACAGCGUUCUCGCUUGGUGCUGAAAGCCAAAGGAAUCAAUUAUGAGGAAAUUAACUGCAGCCUGACGAAAAAGCCAGAAUUCCUCCUUGAACGAAAUCCUGAUGGGAAAGUGCCUGUCUACGAACACAAUGGCGAAGUCCUGGUUGGAUCCAGCAUCAUCUGUGACUACCUAGAUGAGAUUUAUCCUGAUCCACCUCUCUACCCCAAAGAUCCAUUGCAGAAGGCUAAAGACAAAUUUGUCAUGGAAACCUAUGAUUCAAAGGUUAGCUCAAUUUUUCACAAAUUCAUGACGUCCGGUGGGGAAGAUGAGGAAGCCAAAAUCAUCGCUGGCCUGACGUUGUUUGAUGCAGAACUAAAGAAAAGAGGAACUCCAUUCUUUGGUGGUCAACAGCCCGGCAUGGUCGACUACAGUACCUGGCCUUGGAAUGAGCGUUUAAUGGUCUCUGACAAGCUCAUGAACACCCUAAAAGCCAAGCUACCAGACCUUGAUGCUUACUUCCAGCGGAUGUUGACCACACCAGCAGUUAAGGCUAUCCUCAACAGUAAAGAGCAGUACCAAAAGUUCUUUGAGAGCUUUAUUAGUGGUAAUCCCCAGUUCGACCUGUGAGUAGAUAGAGAAGCACAAAGCUUCCCUGUGAAAACACAUUCUAGUCAUCCACAGGCAAAGCUAUAGAGACUAGUUCUAAUGGGUGUUGUCUUGUAAGAAAAACCAAAGAAAGGGGGGUGAAAGAUAUGAAAAAUACAAGAGAUCAAGGAAAUGAAAAUCAAAAUUUUUGCUUUAAAAAAACACAAGUUUACCCUGCCCUAUUGUUGUUCAGCAGUGCUUUGCUGAGGACUUCUUUGCUCCCCCCUCCCGAAAUUCCCUUCCCUGACAAAAAGGGGUUAGCCCCCACCCCAGAAAAAAUAUACCGAUGAUGCUUGUCUCAUCUCUUUGUGUACAUGGAUUUUGUAUUAUGUUACAUUUACCUCUAGAAACACGACAUACUACAGUUGGUAUAAUUUCUCCACCAUGAUUUAGGGUACGGGUCAUUCGAAAACUCGGGGUCCAAAAGUGUGAGAUUUUUGUGACCCUGUUACACCUGACCUGUGUAAUUUGACAUGGAAAUAUCACUGAAA